CCCAUUUUGGGAUUGGAAAAUUUUUUUACAAAGCCCCAAAAAAAAAUUUUGUGAAAAAGAUGCAGUCAUGCUCUCUCUCCUCCCCUGUUUCUCAGCCUCCCCUGUUCUAUCUAUCUCCAAAAACUACCUCCUCCUCCUCCUAAAGCCUCUCUCGCUAGCAAGAACCACCCUCUGCCAUCUCUCCACCACCACCACCGCCGCCGCCACCACCGCCACCAUGUCCAUCAACCUACAAUCCCAUGCCUUCGCCGGCAACCCCAUACGGUCCAAAACUCCAAAACCGGGUGACCCAUUUUCUCCUAACUCUGCUCUCGAGACCCUUAAGACCCAGCUGUUAGAGACCACCCACCAACCCAGUUCUCCCAAUUUCAAGGUCUUGCCUUUCCGAAAGGGACGGCCUUUGGCCUCCUCUUCUUCCACUGGCGAUGCGUUGGGCCCAAAUUGGCAUCUGGGUUGGAUCGGCUUGGCUGAUUGCAAGCUUUUCUUUGCGAAUUGUGGGAUCGAUUUGAGCUAUGACUCGUUGGUUUAUCUGGGUUCGGAGUCUGCGGCAGACGUGGUGUAUUGGGCGGUUGAUGUUGCCGCAGAGGCCAAGUUGCUGCCUGAGGUUGGCGGCGAGAAGUUCUGCUUUGUGGAGCUGAGGACGCUGAUGGUGGCCACUGAUUGGGACGAUCAACACGCGAUGGCUGAAUUGGCCAUUGCUGGUCAUGCUCGAGCAUUGCUGGAAUGGCAUGGUACAUCUCGCUAUUGCGGACACUGUGGGGGAAAAACAGUCCCCAUGGAAGCAGGAAGGAGAAAGCAAUGUGUGAACGAGCUGUGCAAAAAGAGGAUAUACCCUCGGGUUGAUCCGGUUGUGAUCAUGUUAGUUAUUGAUAAGGAAAAUGACCGUGUGCUUUUAAGCCAGCAUUCAAGAUUUGUACCCCGAAUGUGGAGUUGCUUGGCUGGAUUCAUUGAGCCAGGAGAAAGCUUGGAGGAAGCAGUGAGAAGGGAAACAUGGGAAGAGACUGGAAUUGAAGUGGGAGAGGUUGUCUACCACAGUUCUCAGCCAUGGCCAGUUGGACCAAGUAGCAUGCCAUGUCAGUUGAUGGUGGGAUUCUUUGCGUUUGCAAAAUCGCGGGAAAUAAACGUCAACAAAGAAGAGUUGGAAGAUGCCCAGUGGCACAGUAGAGAAGACGUGAAGAAAGCAUUGAUGGUUGCCGAAUACAAGAAGGCACAACAAACGGCAGCGGCAAAGGUAAUCCAGAUGUGCAAGGGAGUCGAGAAAGGGCAAAGUCUGUCUGCAGAUUUCAAUGUCGAAAGCGGGGAACUCGCUCCUAUGUUCUUCCCGGGGCCAUUCGCUAUUGCCCAUCAUCUCAUCUCUUCAUGGGCAUUUCAGGACUCGGUGAACGGGUUUCAAUCUCAGCCUAUACAUGCUGGUUCUUCCAUGUCCAGCUUGUAACAACCAGUGGCCUUAGUAUGUCCUUCAUCCACCAGAAAGAAAAUGAAAAGAGAAGACAAAAUGAGAUGGAUAGUCGAAAAGGAAUAUAUGUCUGAGGACACGACUGUUAAUUCAGAGAGUCUCUUUCUCUCUGAUUCAAUUUGCGGAUUGUUGAAGCAAGGUUCGUGUAUUGUUGUGCAGAAAAGUAUAUACAGUUCAAAGGUUACAAAAUUCAUAUUGAAUGGUGAUGCUGGUCGUACCAAGCAUUGCUGAUCGAGACACUAUUGUUUCGCUUUUGCUUUUGUCAAUAAGGUAGCCGAAAUCGUGCUAGGAGUAGCUUCUCGAGUAAUACGUGCAUAUUCAUCUGUACCAGGUUUCGGGUUAGUUCAAGAAUAUGCAGAUUAAUUUUUCCGUUGUAUCAAGUUCGUGAAAAGAUAUUCAUUUCUAUUGCUAUCUAUCUCACAUAAAAUUCGUUUUCGACUA